CCCUCUGGGUGGGGCUGCGGAGGCGGGGCUGCCGGCCUCCUUAUCUCCAGAGCCAGCCUUGGCUCCUGGGCGCUCUGGCCCCUCAGUCUGGGCCCUUUGCCAUGGGGUCUCUGCUCCCCCUCUGGCUGCUGCUUUUGCUGGCGGCCGCCUACCCGGGAGGCGGAAGGGCGCACCGGCGCCGGAGAGCGCAGGUGCAGGGCUCGGGAGGAAGCUCCCCGGUGCCCUCGGAGACCCCAGCUGCGUUCUGGGUGCGCCUAAGGCCCGAGUUCAAGGAGGUGCAGCCGGGGGGCUCCGUGUGGCUCAACUGCAGCACUAGCUGCCCCCUGCCGGAGUACUCCAGCCUCAGCACUCAGCUGCCGCGGGGCCAAACGCACAGUGGGCCCGGCUGGGUAGCCUACCAGCUGUUGGACGUGAGAGCCUGGAGCUCCGAGGUGCGCUGCUUCGUCACCUGCGCAGGAGAAACACGAUGGGCCACGGCCAAGAUCACCGCCUACAAGCGGCCGCGAAGCGUGAUCCUGGAGCCUCCGCUCUUGGUGGGCAGCGAGUACACUCUGCGCUGCCACGUGACGCACGUGUUCCCCGUGGGCUUCCUGGUGGUGACUCUGAGGCGCGGCGGCCGGGUCAUCUACUCUGAGAACCUGAGGCGCUACAACGGCUCUGAUCUGGCCAACGUGACGCUGACUUACACGGCGCCCGCCAGGCUCCGCGACUUUUGGAAACCGGUGACCUGCCAUGCACGCCUCAGUCUUGAUGGCCUGGUGGUCCGCAGCAGCUCGGCACCCAUAACGCUGAGUGGCCUCGGUGAGGCACCUCUGCGAUCCCGGGCACUGGAGGAGGGGACGGGCAGGGCACCGCGCCGGUAUGGCGAGCGAGUCCGGCGGGACCUCCCGGCGGGUGGGCCUACCUCCCUGUGCUCCGUUCCUCACUCUCACCUCCCGUCCCCAGCUUGGCGCCCCGUGUCCAAAGCCUUGGCCUCCAGCUCCAUCGCGGCCCUUGUAGGGAUCCUUCUCGUCGUGGGGGCCGUCUACCUGCGACAAUGGCCAUUGGUGCACAACCAGAGUAAAGAGAGCAGGGUCUCUGCCGGCUGAGCCAAAGGAAAAAGGCAUCUGGGACAAUUUGGAGAAGCUGAUUCAAUAAAGUCCUCCUCCGUCACCCUCUGUCUCGCGGCCUAAAGGUCCCCCACUAGGGUACCACCUCUGAGGAAGUGGCGUUCUGGUUUGCCCUUGCCUCCGUCACUUUCUCCAAGUUCCUUGUCUCUCUGAGGGCCCCUGAGGUUUCCUCAUUCCCAUCCAGCUGGGGACCCGGGCGCACCAGCCCCUCCAUUCCCAGACGAGUGUGGUAAUAUACCUCCCUUGCGGGCAUUAUCAGUGCGGUGCAAAUGGGCAUAGCUUGGGCACUGGAGGGCUUGGGCUGUGGGAGGGUUGGCUCACAAUAUGGUCCCCCUCCCCCUGCGCCCCGCAUUGGCUCCUCCGCUGCAAAGCAGCAGCUCCGAUUGGAUGUUAAGUUUCCUUCCCCCCCCCGCCCCUCCCCUUCAGCCCCAGCACUUUCCUGGAGGACAGGGGUGGAGCGAGAACUGAUCCCCAAAGUUCACCGUUAGCGCUGGCGGUGAGAGAGCAAAUGGUCGGGGUCACAU